UUUAUUUAUUUAUGCAACGAGCGAAAAAGCGAAGGCUGGAAGCCAGGAACAACUAACAAGAAUAACAGUGAGCAGAAGCAAGCUUGUCUUGAAUCUUACAGAUGGAGAGAUAGAAACUUGUAGAGCUAAAAUGGUUGUCUGCGAUUGUUCUGUUGCUUCGUUGUAGAGGUUGUAAGAGGAAACAAAAUAGAGAGAUGCAUAAGCGGAGGUUUAUACCUCUGGUUUUGCUGCGGACUGCGUUAACGUACGCCAUUUGUGCUAUAGCUCUUCUGGCUCUGCUCUCUGUACACUUACACGUCUUUCCUUCGGCCAAGCUCCCAUCUGUUUCCGACUCUUACAAGCUCCCCGCGCAACAUGAAAUCAGUUACAACAGGUUGACCAAUGAGUUAAGUUGGACACAAGAGUUCUCUCCGCCCCAGUUGUCGAAAGCUCCUCCCCCCUUAACUAAGUUGGAUGGUUCGAGGGGAAUUUUGGAUUUCAACAAGUUGUGGAAACCUCCUCGCUCUCGUGAUUUUGUGCCCUGUGAUGAGCCUAGUCCAUUGUAUUCAUCUCCUUCAGAGUCGCGUGGUUACUUGCUUGUUAAUACCAAUGGUGGACUCAACCAGAUGCGGGCUGGGAUUUGUGACAUGGUAGCUGUGGCCCGUAUCAUUAAUGCCACUCUUGUUAUUCCAGAACUUGAUAAACGUUCAUUUUGGCAAGAUUCUAGCAAUUUCUCUGAUGUCUUUGAUGAAGAUCAUUUUAUAAGUGCCUUGGCUAAUGAUGUUAAAGUAAUAAAAAAACUUCCAAAGGAUCUGACAACCGCUACUCGGGCAGUUAAGCACUUUAAAAGCUGGUCAGGUAUAGACUACUACCAGGAUGAGAUUGCUCACAUGUGGGAAGAAUAUCAGGUUAUUCGAACAGCUAAAUCUGACUCUCGCCUCGCAAAUAAUAAUCUACCUGUGGACAUUCAGAAGCUGCGUUGCCGUGCUUGUUAUAAGGCCCUUCGUUUUGCCCCUCGGAUUGAGGCAAUGGGAAAAUUGUUGGUAGAGAGGAUGAGGUCUUAUGGUCCUUAUAUUGCUUUGCAUUUACGUUAUGAGAAAGACAUGCUUGCUUUUAGUGGAUGUACACAUGGUUUGUCUCCUGCCGAAGCAGAUGAACUAACCACAAUCAGAGAGAACACUGCUUAUUGGAAGGUGAAAGAUAUAGAUCCCAUUGAACAGAGGAACAAGGGAUAUUGUCCAUUAACUCCAAAGGAGGUUGGAAUGUUCCUAACUGCUCUAGGAUACCCUUCAAACACACCUAUAUAUAUUGCUGCAGGGGACAUAUAUGGGGGUGAUUCUAAAAUGUCUGAGCUUCGGUCCCGGUUUCCUAUUUUAAUGAGCAAGGAAAAACUAGCAUCCAUGCAUGAGCUUGAACCUUUCAUGGGUCAUGCAUCUCAAAUGGCUGCACUGGACUACAUUGUAUCAGUUGAAAGUGAUGUUUUUAUCCCUUCCUAUUCUGGUAACAUGGCAAGGGCAGUUGAAGGUCAUCGUCGUUAUCUGGGACACAGGAAAACAAUUUCUCCAGACAGGAAAGCACUUGUUCGGCUAUUUGAUAAAGUUGAAAGGGGUUCACUAAAAGAAGGCAAAAGUCUUUCUGAUCAAAUAGUUGAAAUCCACAAAAGACGUCAAGGAUCCCCGCGUAAGAGAAAGGGCCCCAUCUCAGGAACGAAGGGUAUGGAUAGGUUCCGAUCAGAAGAAGCAUUUUAUGUGAACCCUUUGCCAGAUUGCUUAUGUCAGAAGGAAAUGCCCCAUGUUAAAGGUUCUUACAUUAGUAAGUAGACUCCAUGACAGAUUGAUUCUUUGGGAAGUAAUUCAUCACCUCAUUGGCUGGCAGUUUAUUGGAAUUUUUCUUUCCAUCAUUGUUUUCAAUUGAAGCUCCUGAAGCUGGCGCUGUCAGUAGUGCAGCUGCGGAAUGUAUAUGUUGAGUAUAGAUUGAUCGAAAGUAGACUAGAAUGUAGAGGAUAAAUCAGGUAUAGUGGAGGGGUUGCUCAUGUAAAGGCCUUUAAUUCCAUUUUCAGUGUUUAUCUAAAGAUGUAUCUAUUUCUGUAUAUGGUGGUGAAGUUGGCCAAGUCUUGAGAUGGAGAGGGAGGGGGAUUUGUUUGGGUUAUUUGUUUCUCUUUGGAAAUAAUGGGCUCCUUCCGGUCUGUAUGAUGUAUCUAUUUCAUUAUAUUGGUUGUUACAGAACAAUAAUGAUACGGAUAAAAAAAGUAUUCCACUCCUAAUUCUUUUGGUUUU